AACAAUGUCGUCGUAAACGGUUUUGAUUGUAUUAUUAUAGUCAUAAAAUCGUGAUACUAAAUUUAUUUUUGGCUUUGAACCAUAGGUAUUAGAAAAACCUUAAGUAAAUAAUUUGAUAAAUCUUACAUUCCGUAAUGAAUUCCGAAGAAAAUUUCUAAGCUAAAACAUUAAUUAUAAACGUCGUCGCAUAAUGUAGCAUAAUUAUCCUCAUUGUGAUACAAUAAAUAGAGAUGAGAGUAGUGAGAAAAGCAUAGCGCAUGCGCGUAAUCUGCCUCGGCUGGGCAAUGGGCAAAAGCGGCAGAACACGGUCACGCUUGCGUGGGUCUCCAUCGAUCCGAAUUGCUACGCGUUCAUAAGCGCAGGCCGCCACCACGGCGAUCUGCACCAUGCAACCCCCACCGAGAAAGAGUAACUACACGAAGUUUCUCAAAAAUUUACACUCAGAGCAAAUCGCAAAGCUUUAUGCUAAGAACCAACAUGAGUGCGAUUUACUUGAAGAUAUCCGCACAUAUACCAUCAAAAGAUCUGCCAUUGAGAAAUCAUAUUCCGAGGCGUUAUUAAAAAUAUCUUCAGCGUACCUUAAUAAGAAGAUUCCUAACAUACCGGAUAUAAAAGUGGACGGUGCUGAAGAAAAAUGGAAUAUGUGGAAUGUCUGGAGAACUGUUUUGGAAGAGAACGAAAAAUUGGCUCGGGCUCGCCUUGCUGCGGUGGAGGUGUUCCAACAACAGAUUGCAGAUGAAGCCAAACAGCUAAGACAACAUAAAAUUAAUGUUGCAAAAAAGAGUACUGAUCAACUGGCCCAAGCACACAAAGAGCUUCAACUGUCAGUACUCGAUGUGGAUAAGAACAAGAAGUUUUACUUUGACGAAGAACAUACCGCUCAUGAUGUCAGAGACAAAGCUAAAGACAUAGAAGAGAAGUUAAAAAAGAAAAAGGGAUCAUUCUUCCAAUCAAUUACUUCAUUGCAAAAAAAUAGUGCAAAAGUGUCUUCUCGCCGCGAUCAACUGGAAGAGAAAUCUACUGGCGCUAGAAACGAUUAUCUUCUUAGCAUUUCUGCAGCUAAUGCUCACCAGAAUCGUUACUUUUUGGUGGAACUACAAUCAUGCAUGCAAAGUAUGGAAGGAGCUGUGUACGAAAAAGUAUCUGAGUUUUUAACUCUCAUGGGUCGAACUGAACUGCUUACUUGUUCGGCCACUCAACAUUCUUUUGGAAAAAUUCGUGAUCAAGCUCAACAAUUAACCAGGGAGUAUAAUUUACAAUGUAUAUAUCUAUACUAUCCAGUUUUGAAGCAACAUAUUCAGUAUGACUUCGAGCCUUGUGAUAACGAUCCAAUUGAUACGGUAACAAUGGAGCAUGAAACUGUUGCACAAACUUUGGCUCAGGAAGCCCGUCGUUGGGCGACUCGGGUGGUCCGAGAGACAUCACUUGUCAGAGAUGCUACCCGCAAAUUGAAUGUUUAUCAGGCAAUGCGAGAUGCUGGUCAAAAGGUUGAUCCUAAUGAUCCUAAUGGACCAGAGUUGGAAGUUCGUAUGGAUGAACUGCGCACAAACAUUAGACGUUCGGAAACAUCAAAAGUUAAAUACGAAGCUCGAUUGGAAUGUUUAAGAAACGGUGGAGCCCCAGUCGACGAAUGGCUGAAAGAAGUUGACCUAUUGGCAGUACAAGAAACUUUGCCACGAAGCAGUAGCUUAGUUAGUGUUCGCACUGAUGCAUCUGGAGCUGCCGAUCAGCCUAGUUCGGACUCAUUUUACGACAGUGAUAAUACUGAAGGAGACGCAGCUACUUCCGCUGUCGCUACAACAUCCGGUCAUCAACGUACAACUUCUGAUUCACAACAUGAAGAUGAACAAGAAGACGAAGAAGAUGCUGAAUUGGAGGAAGAUCGCAUGCGUAUCGAACAAAUAACAGCUGGCUGGGAUGACCCCACACAAGUGAAUUGGGGUGAAACAGAAGCUGAAACCACUGCUCCAGCCACUGAACCUGCUGAAGCUCCCGUUGCUCCACUCUAUAAGUGUACAGCUUUGUACUCAUACACCGCUCAAAAUCCAGAUGAGCUGUCAAUUAUUGAAAGUGAACAGUUAGAAGUUGUCGGUGAAGGCGAUGGUGACGGUUGGCUUCGUGCACGUAAUUACCGCGGCGAAGAAGGAUAUGUACCACAUAAUUAUCUGGACAUUGAUAGAGAACAGCCAUCGAGUACUCCAGGGCUUGUUACACAAAUUUCUUUUUCAUCCGUCGACUACACUGUGGAGGGUGAGGAUGCCGAUGUCAUCCAGUCACCUGACCAGAUCUCAGUGAUUUCGGCUCCAGUCGUCAAACCGGAAGAACAGAAAGUGGAACAACAAAGAGAUGAUGAACCGUCGGCGGAGUUAUUACCAACGCUAGGCUAUUGCUUUGCCCUUUAUGAUUAUGAUGCAGAGGCAUCUGAUGAAUUAAAUCUAGAAGAAGGACAGAUAAUUCGCAUUGUUUCACGUGAGGCUCAUGAAGUGGACGACGGUUGGUGGCGCGGUGAAGUAAACGGAGCUGUUGGAAACUUCCCAUCAUUAAUUGUUGAAGAAUGUGACGAGAAUGGCGAUCCACUAAGUGGAGCAGAUGAAGAUUGGACGCCUCCCGACUCAGCGGCACCUGUAUUUGCGUCCCCACCUGGAUCUCCCGACAGCGAAUUCAACGAUGACCAAGUGGUGAAUGAGAACAACAAUAUAAAAAGUGCUGCUCCACCUGCGGACCCGCCACCACCACCACCGAUUGGAAUGGGCGACUCAAUGGACAGUCAACCAGACUUCAGCUUUAACCUAGAACUUAGUAGGAAUCAGCAUCACCAAUACGAUACUCAAUUCUCACCCCAACAUCCUAUCGCGCCUUCUAUCAUCGUUGAUGAGGUUCUCGGUGACAAUUUUGAAGACGAGGAAGAGGAGAUACCCCCCGCCCCGCAACCGAAACCGCCUCCGCCAAAAGUUGAACUUCCCACUGAAGAUUGCGGCCUUGGUGUGGCACAAAUAGUAAUCACUGCCGCCACCCCUAUGGUGGAAGAACCAGAACAACCUUUUCCACCUGCUGAACCUGAGCAACAACAACGCGAGCCGCCACAAGAAGAAGAGCGAGCUGAGGAAAAUGACGACGAGGAAUCCUCUCUAUCUGAACAGACAGCUGUGUGUCUUCGGGACACAGAUGAGGGCCACGCAGACUCCGCACCGCACCCAGCUUCAAGCUCGACAGCCUCAGAAGGCGAGUCCAAUGGUGCCUCGGUAGCCUCAGGCCCCCCCACCGCUCCUCAUUCCCCACCUGCCGCACCCCGCGCAGGCCGCGCUUCCAUCCCUGACGAACUAGAACCCGCACAACUCGCGCGACUCACCGAUCUGAAGGAGUCCAACGCCUAAGAAUAUUAUGCUUUCGUUACAAAUCAACUUUAUACUAGGUUUUCUACGUGACUUCAAGAACGCAAUGUCAGUCGCCUAGUAGACAAUGGCCGACUGGCAAUCUACUAGUCCGGUGACUGAUAUUGUAGACAUCAAUCUUACUUUAUAUUUAUUGCUAUAACUGUAAAGACAGACUGCUCCGUUUACCCCAUAAGACCGUUUCUCACACUAGUUUUGUAUGCUAUCUUUUAGAGAUAAAUCUGACAUGCGUCUACUGAAAUGGUACCUACUGUUAGGCGUUUCUAAGUAUAUAACAUACUAUAGAAGGUAGUUAUUUUAAUUAAAAUAACUGCCCUGUAGAUAUAAUUUAUAUUUAUAUAAAGAAAUUGUAUUUUCUUUUACCUAAUAGUUCUCAAAACUUCUAGUUAUAUGUAUUCGCUUUGUCUGCUAGACUAAUAUAAUAUUUCAUCAAUCAUGGAUAUACAAUUAACCUGUUCAAUUUAGAAACUACAUUUGUAACGAAUAAAACAAAAAAAUCCAAAAAUAUAAUGCUGGUUUAAUAGAAAUAAGUGGAGCCUUGAUACCUAACUAACCUACUAUACCCUGAUAGUUCUAUUCUCAUAAACAUAUUUCAUUAAAUGUUUAUCAAUCCGCCUUCAUAUUGGUACCUACCUAGGUGAAUUGCUAAUAUUUAGACUUAUAUCGUGAAAUCUCUAGUUAAACAUUUGUUUAUUUAAGGUCCCAUAUAAGUGUUAAGAUGUCACACGAACACAUUUUAUUUAAACUAUUAUCUUACCCUUAAUAGAUAUGUUUGCAAUUGUAUUAAUAGUUUAUACUAUUUGCUACUUAUAUUUAAAAUUUUAAAUUAAAUAGCCAUGAAGUUAGCUGAAUAUUUAUUUACUAUAAAACACUUUAAACCUUUGUGAAAUAUUUAUCGUCUGGCAUAACUAUUUUACUUCAUACAAUAAUUUAGAGACGGUAAAUGAUUAUGACUUAUAUUUUUUUACUACUUUGUAUUAAGUUUUGAUUUAUCGUAAAUACAUUUCAGUAAGGCCCUAAACAGCUUUAAAUUUUGCAUUUUUUUAUGAAGUGGGAAACGGUCAUGAAAGUAAUGUAGGUUUGUAUAUAACUAGCUUUUUAAUAUGUAAUACGUACCUAAAUUUUCUCAUAUUCUCAGGCUCGGCGAGAAAGCCUAGACAAUAGCCUUGAACGUAUUAACUAGAAUUAAAUUACAAAUCAUUGCUAAUUAUCUAAAAACGUUUUGAGACUCACUUUUAUAUAUUACCAGUAUUUUACUACCUAAAUAAUCGCUAAGUAUACGUCUCUCUUCGUUGUCUAUAUUUUAUUGUGAUUAACAAUUAUUUAAGAUCUACA